UUGGUCUUAGUUGCCAAUUCUUCCAGGAAUCAGUUUAGUUAGUUUUUCACCUGACUAUAUUUCACGGUGUAAGUCUACUUCCAUAAUGGGUUAGCUGAAACAGCAUCUUCGCUGGGCGUUAGGAGUAUGGGAGGUGUCCAAAAUCCUUAUACAGCCCUCCGCCUUUUUCCUGUCAUAUGUCAGCUGUGGACCAGGGAUUAUCGUAAAGGGGAGACAGGGUCCGCCAGUACUAGGGAUCUCAUUUGCCGACAAGAAUUGAUGUUUACCUGUGAUGCUGUCAGUUUCAUGCGGUACCACAUCAAAGGUUUAGGUUUUUAAUUAAUUUUACAAUUUUACGCUCGGCGCCGCUAUGAAUGGUCACACAAGCGAUCAUGGCGAGAAGGAGAAGUGCCUGGGUUCUGUUGAGAUCCGGAGACCCCUGUACAAGACGCAGACGUUCCGGGACAGGUUCAUGAAGACAGAAGACGAGAGGCAGUCCCUGACGGGCUCACUCGUCGACAAGCUCAAGAGUUCCCUGCAGUGCAAACCCGAGAAGAGGAAGAACUGUCUCUAUAACGUGUUUCCAUUCUUCGGUAUUCUCCGGAAGUACAAGUGGCGCGAAGAUUUGCCGAAUGACGUCAUUGCCGGUCUGACGGUCGGCAUCAUGCAGCUACCUCAAGGAAUGGCGUAUUCAAUGCUGGCAGACAUGCCCCCGGUCGUCGGCCUUUACAUGGCGUUUUUCCCCGUCCUCAUUUACUUCCUGUUUGGAACGUCCAAGCAGAUUUCAAUGGGUACUGUCGCAGUUGUAAGUUUGAUGACGGGUGGAGUGGUCUCCAAGGCAACAGCACAGUGGAGACUCUCUCAGAACUUGGACGUCAGCGACCUUGCACCCGCCAUCAACGGCACAAUGCUGAAUGGAACCGUGUUCCCGACGGGAACGACGUUUUUACCUGGCGAAAUACAGUUCAAGUUCGUGGUGGCGUCAACCGUUUGUUUCAUGGCGGGAGUCAUCCAGAUCAUCAUGGGGUUCGGUAAGAUCGGCUUUGUGACGACGUACAUGUCGGACUCGCUCGUCAGCGGCUUCACGACGGGGGCCGCCGUCCACGUGUUCACGAGCCAGGUCAAGUACAUCCUGGGACUCAAGAUCCCCCGCUUCGAGAACAUGUUCCAGAUUGUAAACACAUACAAAGCUUUGAUUCUGAAUAUCGGCGAUGCCAACAUAGCGUCUUUGGUGAUUUCGGGGAUUUGCAUCGUCAUACUGUACGUGGUCAAAGUUCAGAUUAACCAGCGCUUCAAGUCGAAGCUGAAGAUCCCGAUUCCUGUUGAACUAGUUGUCGUUAUUGCAGGAACCAUUGCGUCUCACUUUGGACAGUUUUAUCAAAAUUACCACAUAAAAGUAGUUGGCGCGAUUCCGGCGGGGCUUCCCGUUCCAUCUGUUCCGAAUUUCUCACUGAUGCCGACGUACAUCAGCGAUUCUUUCGGCAUUGCUGUCGUGGCGUUCGCCCAGUCUGUGUCGCUGGCCGUGUUGAUGGCGAAAAAACAUCAUUACGAUAUAGAUUCUAACAAGGAACUCAUGGCGUACGGUCUGGGUAACGUGUUUGGCUCAUUCUUCAGCUGCUAUCCUUUUGCUGCCAGUGUUUCCAGAAGCUCCGUCCAAGAUUCAGCUGGGGGUCGAACUCAGGUAGCGAGUUUGUUCUCGGCUACAUUGGUGCUUAUAGUCAUUCUCUUCAUCGGGCCACUCUUUGAAGCUUUACCAAAUUGCGUCCUGUCUGCUAUCAUCGUGGUGGCGUUACGCAGUAUGUUCUUACAAGUUCUGGAACUUCGAGAACUCUACAAGAUCUCAAUAUAUGACUGUGCCAUCUGGGUUGUGACGUUCGUGUGCGUGGUCUUUCUACACGUGGAUGUUGGCCUGGUUAUCGGUAUCAUCUUCUCAUUCUUCACCGUGGUCGUCAGGACACAGAUAACGAAAGCCACUUCACUGGAAAAAGUUCAUGAUGUGGAGGUUCUUAAGACCAGUUCUAUAUAUGAAAAGACGGAACAUUUCAGUGGGGUGAAGGUAGUUGGGUUCAAUGCACCGCUUUACUAUGCAAACGCUGAGCUGUUCAUGAAAAAUGUGUUCCGAGUGGUUGGAAUAAAACCCAGAGUUCUGAGGAAGAAGCUCAAGAAGCUGACCUUUGGAGAUUCUAUGACUAGCCAGCAGGUGUUGAUCACCGACGUCUCGGUGGUGAUGCAGAUGGAGCCCACCAAGUCGUGUCUCGAUAAGACGGACGACACGAAACCCAUGAAGAACGGCAAGCAGAUGAACGGUUCAUACCUCAGUGCCGUGGAAGAGUUGCGGCCCGUUCACCACGUCGUCAUCGACUGCUCGGCUAUGCACUUUAUCGACCCUGUGGGAGUGAAGAUGCUCAAACAGAUAUACCACGAAUACAACACAGUUGGAAUCACCGUCUUCCUUGGUGGGGUCAGAGACGAGGUUUGGCCGGUGUUGGAGUACUCGGGAUUCGUCGACCUGUACGGAGACUGCAUCUUCCUCACCGUGUACGAUGCCGUGAUGAUGGCGAUGGAGGACCAGAAAUGUAGCAAUGGCUUCAUUGAAGACGCGGAACAGACAACAAUCAUUGUUGAGGCUUCCCCAGAAGACAAACUGUUGCCAAUGGCAACGUGACAUUUACUACUCACAUGUAGACAUGAUGCUACCCCAGUGAACCUCAGUACACGAUUAUCCACGCAGAUUUCAGAAUGAAAUUCAACAGCAAACCAUAUAUACUCCAUGUCGAUUCCUGGGUAGAUCUAAACAAAAACAGAAACACCCAUCAAUUUCCAUAUCGAUUUCGGAAUGAACUUAGCAAUACAUAAUAACCUACUCUGUGUCGACUUCACAGUGUUGACUUCACAGUGGAUUAAAGACUUUAACAAUACACCAUCAUGGCGUAUGUUGCGCUGACUUCACAGUGGAUUCAAGACUUCAACAAUGCACCAUCAAUACACCAUGGCGUAUGUUGCGCUGACUUCACAGUGGAUUCAAGACUUCAAUAAUGCACCAUCAAUACACCAAUGCGUAUGUUGCGCUGACUUCACAGUGGAUUCAAGACCUCAACAAUGCACCAUCAAUACACCAUGGCUUAUGUUGCGCUGACUUCACAGUGGAUUCAAGACUUCAAUAGUGCGCCAUCAAUACACCAUGGCGUAUGUUGCACUGACUUCACAGUGGAUUCAAGACUCCAACAAUACACCAUCAAUACAACAUGGCGUAUGUUGCACUGACUUCACAGUGGAUUCAAGACUCCAACAAUACACCACCAAUACGACAUGGCGUAUGUUGCACUGACUUCACAGUGGACAUGUCCAAUACUUCAUAGCAAUUUCAGAAUGAAGCAGCCCAGCCUACUGUGAAUCUGGUGUUAUGAGUGGACUUGAGAAUAAGCUUCAAAGAUACAUCUAGUACAUGUUGAUUUCAGAGUAAACUUCAAAGAUACAUCUAGUACAUGUUGAUUUCAGAGUAAACUUCAAAAAUACACCUAGUACAUGUUGAUUUCAGAGUAAACUACAGCAACACAUCAAACAUCAUGUUGAUUUCAGAGUAAACAUCAACAACAUGUCGUUGAUUUGAAAGUGAAUUUAACAACACACCAUACUUCAAGCAUGUUGACUUUAAUGUUCACUUCAGUGGUGAUAACAUACUUCGUGUUGAUUCUUGAGUGGACUUCAGAACACAGAAUACUUCAUUUAGAAUUCAGGACGAAUCACAUCAACACCAUACUAUUUGAAUGUAAGAAAUAGACUAUAGACAGUGGAGUUCGGCAGAAGCACUUAAACAAGUAGAUAUUGGACAAAUUCGUGAUUGAAAUACGGGACAUGCUGGCAAUAUAUGUUUGUCACCGAAAUGACAAUGUUAGCAAAAACAAUAUGAAAACACAUUUCCUGUCAUCUGGAAAACCUAUAUGGACUUCUUGAAUGAAAUAUGUUAAAAACCGGACAUAUAAAUAUAUCAUUAUUUUCAUAUAUGACAUUAUUAUUGUUUUUUAAAAUGGGACCACAAACUUACAAUUUGUAUAUAAACCUUAUUCUGUUAUUGUACAUAAGUAUGCAUAUACAUAAAAAAAAUCAAUAGACAUGUUGUAUGACGUCAUGUAGACAUAUAUAUCAUUACACAGUAGUUAAUGUCAGGAAUAUAAACUCAAACAUCAAAAGGGUGCGGGACUUGUAAUUACACCUGUGUUAAUUUUAGGAAUAUAACCUUGUAUAUAUCAAAAUCGAGGAGCUUGUGUUAAUUUUAGGAAUAUAAACCUACAUAUCAAAAACUCUGUAGCGCUUGAGCCAGUUAAGGUGCGUUAUGUUUAUCUAUACUAUUCAAGUCCAUUGAUUAACUCAUCAUUGGCUGUAAGAUGUCAAACAUUUACUAAUUCGUAAUUUUCUAACGUACUCUUCACAGGAAACCUACAUUUUUCCAUUUGCUGUAAGGGAUCUUUUAUAUGCAUUUUUAUGCAGACGAGGCGGCACAUACCACGGACUUUGAUAUACCAGUCAUGGGGCACUAGUUGAGACGAGGAAACCUCAAUGGGUCCGUCGAAGAAGUUCGAUCCUGCGUCUUAAGCGCCUCAGGUCAGCGCUCGACCGACAGAGCUAAAUCUCACCCCUUAAUAAUAAUAAUAAUAAUAAUAAUAAUUAUUAUUAUUAUUAUUAUAAUACAUUGCAUCACCAAACAAUGAAGCGUUUCGAACGUUGAAAUGGUAAUACAUUUUGUAUGACGUAUAUUAGCAAGUAGAAUAUUGAAGAAUUCCGUGUUAUGGAAAACAUAAUGCGGAUGAUUUAUUCCAAAUAAUUAAAUAAUGAAAAUAUAUUGAGAUUGGAGCUUUUAUACCAAAAGCGAGUGAAUGUUUAAUGUUGGACAUGGGAACAUUCACAUUUUCUUUUCAAAAUUAUUAUGUUAUAUAAUAAUGUUAUAAUGUUCUUGUUUUGUUUUGAAAUGUGUUUGAUAAAACUAUAUUUUUAUGAAAUGUACAUAUAAAAUUUAUUAAAUCGGAAAUAUAUUUUUGAAUAUAUUGGAGGAACUAUCUCGGGGAUAAUAUCAGGAACAAUUUUUUUUAUUAUUAUUAAAAUAGAUUAAAAUUGUUUCCAUAA